UCACAACUGGCACUGAUGUGUCUUUGUUAGCAAUACCCGCGUCAGACCUCCCUUGGUGGCUCGUUGGCGGUCCCGGGUGGCAUCUGACUCGUCGGCCCAUCGUCCAGUGUCCACCGCGACGGCCAAAGUGCCCACAGCCCUGCUUAGUGCGAUCUCUCGAUCUUUUCUCCGCCCACCUCGCUCUCUAAGACUUGCUCAUCUUCCCAUUCUCACCACCGUCACCAUCCUCUCGACCCGAGGCCCGUCCAAUCCCGCGACUUACUUUCCAGAUCUCCCAUCUGACCAUAUCUACCCUCAUUCCAGACUUCCUUCCACGCUGAAUAUUCCAUCAAGGUCGUCAACAACGCAUCUCACCCUCUCGAUCGUUCGUACGCGUCUCCCUGACGAGAUCGUGGGCUAUUCGAUCGAGCCCCGGGAAGCGGUGCGCCGGAGGAGGUUCGCAGCCACGCCCAUCACCCGCCCGCAAUCUGUUGCUACCCCGAUAGUUUCGCAUUCCGAAGGCCGAUAGUUCCAGUCGAGAGGCACUGAAGAAGGGUGUUGGUAGAACAUUCGAUCGGUAACCAUUACUCACACAUCCAGUGGACGGUCGGUGCACGCCACGGGGGAUAGUUGGUCUCGAGAUAAUCGAGUGAUUGUAUAUUGAGGAGGAAUACCGGGCUCGUCUGUCCACAUGAUCGAAGGGGCUGUAAUCGCGGCAUAACGAUCAUUAGCUGCUGAGAGAAAUUUCCACGUCGAUGGCCACGAUGGCGACGGUUGACGCUGGUGCCAGGCCUAGAGACACACUGCCUCCUAUCAGUCACCUUGACAUGGCCAAGCUUAACAAUGAAAAGAACGACCAUGCCAGGUUUUCGCUGACGAAUGGUCUGAGCAUUUCUACUGCACCUCUGGCAAGUCCAACGACAGCAAUGUACCCCGGCCCUCCGCCGCCUUAUUCUUCUGCUGCUCCUGCAACGGGAUCUAAUGGUGCGAUGUCCGGUUACAUCUCCCCUCCCGAGUCUACUACAAGACGCUCUACACGAGAUGAUGGCGUCUCUCCAGCCGUUUCCAAGUCGUUACCUUCCAUACAUGAAGCACUUGGAGGCGAUCAGCCCAUUGCGUUUUCAGGGCCAUUGUCCGCUACAUCGCAACACCAGUCUCUUUCAACGCCUUCGACUGCGGCCCCUCCAUCCUUCUCGGAAGGACCCAAAGGCCCUGCAAACCCGUUUUCUCAACCGCCGGCCGGGCCACCGGUGUUGAGGGAUGUCUUCUCCGGGUCUCAAUCCAAUGGCAUGGCACCAUCAGAUUCGCAGACUACGGCACCAUCCUAUCCUCCUACGACCGCCCCGGAUCCGCGUCAAACAGUGUCUCAGCACUUUGGGUAUCCCGGAUCUCCCAGGUCGCAGCCCCCUUCCACCUUCCGAUCUUCUUCGUUGGCGAAUACAUCUUUCAACAAUCACAAUGAUCAGCAGCCUGCCGCUUCACCCCAGACUUAUGAGCCACCUCGGCAACCACCACAGUCGUUUCCGUCCUAUAACAACGCUCCGGCGACGACCGUGCCUGCUCCUCCGCAUGAGCCAUUCCACAAAUUCUCGGCCGUGCCCAAACCGCCUGAUCCUCGGGCGACUUAUCGGAAGACUUCCGAUGAUGUCCAGUACAGUGAAACGGUAAAGAGACACCUGGACGUGUAUGACGCCCAGUUAGGAUUCAACGAAAUCGGCGAGGCGUCUGCCCGGACUCUUGACUUCUCACGCACCUGGGGUCUACGGUAUCAUCAAGGCAGUCAAUCAGGUUACUUUCACGAGUCAUUGCCAGGAGUGGCUGAAGUGGACGAAAUUCUGCGGCAUUCGCACCGGGUUGUGGAGAAUUUGACACACCUGCGGGAAUUAGCCGCUGCCCAAGAAGCCGCCUUGUCUGAACAGCGUGCCCGACAGACCACUCGCAACCAUCCGGAGGAAGAUUAUACCAAUGUCCCAGAAGAAUAUAGAAGUGGAGGAGAUGCCAAAAAACGUCGAGGAAAAGCAGCACCUCCUGGACGAUGCCACAGCUGUAACCGUGCCGAAACGCCGGAGUGGCGGCGUGGCCCUGACGGAGCUCGCACACUGUGCAAUGCCUGCGGCUUACACUACGCCAAACUUACUCGGAAAAUGGGACACAACAAGGCCGCCGCCAUGACAGGCUCCAACCUUCGGCCCAAGAACCUCGACUCUACCAGACCGUGAAUGUCGGCCUUGUGUUGAUGGCGACCUACAACAGCGGCCCCAGAAUCUGACGAAGAUAAGAUAUUCUUAACGACGAAAAUAAUUCUCGGUAUAUACUCCAUCUCGUUCAGGAGACGAUGACCACGAUUUCAUUGGUGAAUACAAGGGUUUUUCUUUGGACGAAAAUGUCUCAACAGGAGUUGGCGGCAGUGUGUGAUAACAGCAUUGCAGUGCCUGGCAACGUACGAGAGCGGCGCAUUCAAUGAUGUGACUGUACAGAGGGCAGCCUCGGUGAGGGCACGACCAAAAGCUUUCUUUGGGAACUUGAACGGAAUGGAUUGGGAAUGGAUUGGCGUAAUGUGAGCAUUCGGACGCCUUUCGAGAGGCGUCUGGGAAUGCAAUGCUUGGGGCAUGAGUUUUUGGCCGAAAGCAGAUGGAAAUUGUUUCUGAUACCCCCAAUGAGAUGCCUUAUUAGAGGCACAUGGAGCAUUUUGGGCUCAACCAGAAUAUGUUUUUUUGAUGGUAUUUGUUACGAGUCAACAACAACAAGAUAGGAUUUACGGGGGAAUGGGUAUCUGUCUGUCUGUCUGUCUGUCACAGCUGAAGCGAAUUCUAUGGUGUGCCAAAGUGGUCGACAGAAGCGAGGGGAUCAUGGCCGAGAUGGAUUCAUCCGCUGUCCGUGGUUGUUGACACUUUGGGAUGGGCCAGCUCAGCCGAUGCUUCUCUGUCUGUCCGUCUGUCAGCCACCUCUGCAGAGCUGAGCGGUGCCUUGCACAAGCACUGACUGGCAGUGCAGCAGCAGAUGCAGUGGCGGCAAAACCAGGAUGGCAACAACAAAUGAGAGACAGUUCGUUCAUACAUUGCAGACAGCAGGUCUUGCAGCAUGUUCACACACACUCUGACUGGCGUUGCUACUAGUAUCGUUCUCUGUGCUUCCGGGCAUUUGUUCCCGCCAACCGAAUCAAGUGGCUCUCAGAUUCGAUCAUGGUCGCUGGCACUACAGCUCGAACAAGUGGCACUUGUGGUAUCUUUGGUUUAAUUACCUUACUACCAGGUACUGUACCAUGCCGUAUGAAUCCGAGCCUGGGCCUGAGCCCGAGCCCCCUUACAGUUGGC